CUCUCAACUGCAUGGACUAGUUCAGAUUGAGAUUGAAAGAUGUGAUGGAUGUAGGCAGCUACCACCUAUAGAUCAGCUCCCUUCCCUCAAAAGAAUCUACUUAUGUUUUUUGAGGAAUUUGGAGAAUAUAGAAUUAUCGGAGGGUGGGACGAUGCCACAGUCUAAUAAUUUCUUUCCAUCCUUGGAAGAAAUAUAUAUGAGGAAAUUGCCUAAAUUCAAGGGAUGGGAGUGGGAGUGGGAGAGGAGGGGCAAUAGAAUUGAAGAGGAGGAUGGCGAUUCUUCUUCUUCUUCUUCUUUGUUAAUGCUCCCUUGCUUCUCCGACAAGGUCGACGUCCGGAUAGAUGAGUGCCCAAGAUUAUCUUACAUGCUGCAUGGUCAACAGCUAUUUCUUCACCAACACGAUCUACUAUUUCUUCCCGUUGGCCCUCAACGAUCGAUGGCAGUGCUGGUGCCGACUGAUCCAUAUCCAUCUCCAUCUCCAUCGACCAUAUCCGAUUCUGUAUCUCUCACCGCACUGACAUCCCUCUCCAUCAGCAAAAUUGAGGAUGCAGAGCAGUUGCCCGUGGAGUUGUUUCAGUCCCUCCCGUCUCUCCAGUCUCUUGAAAUCAAUCGUUGCCCUCGCCUUAAAGCACUCCCUCUGGGGGCGAUUCAGUCCCUCCCGUCUCUCCAGAAUCUACGUAUCAGUGAUUGCCCACGAUUGGGUGCGGAAUUGCAGCUACCACAGCUCCCUUCCCUCAAAAGAAUCUCCUUAAGUAAAUUGGAGAAUCUGGAGCAUAUAGAAUUAUCGGAGGGUGGGACGAUGCCACAGUCUAAUUUAUUUCCAUCCUUGGAAGAAAUAUCGCUGUGGUAUUUGCCUAAAUUCAAGGGAUGGGAGUGGGAGAGAAGGGGCAAUAGAAUUGAAGAGGAGGAUGGCGAUUCUUCUUCUUCUUCUUCUUCUUUGUUAAUGCUCCCCUGCUUCUCCGACAAGGUCAAGGUUGAAAUAUAUGGGUGCCCAAGAUUCUCUUACAUGCAUGGUCAACAGCAACUAGGACUAGUGGGAUGGAGGAUGAGGAAUGUAACUGCACUCCUACUCCACCAACGCGAUCCACUACUUCUUCCCCUUGGCCCCCAACGACCGAUGGCAGUGCUGCUGCCGACUGAUCCAUCUCCAUCGACUGAUUCUCUAUCUCUCACCGCACUGACAUCCCUCUCCAUCAGCGAAAUUGAGGAUGCAGAGCACUUGCCCGUGGAGUUGUUUCAGUCCCUCCCGUCUCUCCAGUCUCUUAUAAUCAAGGAUUGCCCUCGCCUUAAAGCACUCCCUCUGGGGGCGAUUCAGUCCCUCCCGUCUCUCCAGAAUCUAUGUAUCAGUGAUUGCCCACGAUUUGGUGCGGAAUUGCAGCUACCACAGCUCCCUUCCCUCAAAAGAAUCAUCUUGGAGCAUUUGGAGAAUUUGGAGCAUAUAGAAUUAUGGGAGGAUGGCACGAUGCCACAGUCUAAUUUCUUUCCAUCCUUGGAAGAAAUAACGCUAUGGGGAUUGCCUAAAUUCAAGGGAUGGGAGUGGGAGAGGAGGGGCAAUAGAAUUGAAGAGGAGGAUGGCGAUUCUUCUUCUUCUUCUUCUUUGUUAAUCGUCCUCUGCUUCUCCGACAAGGUCAAGGUUAACAUAUUUAUGUGCCCAAGAUUCUCUUACAUGCUGCAUGGUCAACAGCUAUUUCUUCACCAACACGAUCUACUAUUUCUUCACCAACACGAUCUACUAUUUCUUCCCCUUGGCCCUCAACGAUCGAUGGCAGUGCUGGUGCCGACUGAUCCAUAUCCAUCUCCAUCUCCAUCGACCAUAUCCGAUUCUCUAUCUCUCACCGCACUGACAUCCCUCACCAUCAGCGAAAUUGAGGAUGCAGAGCACUUGCCCGUGGAGUUGUUUCAGUCCCUCCCGUCUCUCCAGUCUCUUAUAAUCAGUAAUUGCCCUCGCCUUAAAGCACUCCCUCUGGGGGCAAUCUUCCGAUACAUAUCCACCCUUGAGACGCUGAAAAUUUAUGAUUGCCCAGAGCUUGAUUUAUCCACCGAGAACGGUGACGACGACGAUGGUGGUGGUAAUGCUGAAGGCAUGACCAAUCUUUUGCAGCUACAGGGCCAUCAUAAACUUUGCCAUCUAAGUAUCUGUGGAGUUCAUAAGAUGGAGUGUUUGCCUGGGUGGUUCAUAAACUUCGCCAUCUCCAAUCUCCAAAGUUUAACCAUUAGAAAUUGCAAGGGCUUGAAGUCUCUUCUGCCUGGAAGACUGAUUCUUCCGCUUCUCACCACCCUCGACUCAUUGGAGCUACACCGCUGUCCAGAACUUGACUUAUCAAUAGGGGAGUCAGAAGACAUGCCGAUGGCGGCUUAUUCUCAGUUCACUAAACUCCGCAAUUUGGCAUUCGACAAGAUAGAAAAAAUGGAGACUCUCCCGUGGUGGAUUCAGCACCUCACUAACCUUGAAAGUUUAAGCAUCCGAUUCUGCAAGAAUCUGAAGGCUUUGCCUGAGUGGUUUCCCAAUCUCACCUCACUCAAACAUCUUCUAAUUCUUUAUUGCGGGGAGGAGCUGACAAGAAGGUGCCAAGGGGAAAACGGAGGAGGAGAGGACUGGCCUAAGAUUUCUCACAUCCCGCAUGUAGAAGUAAGAAGAUGACUGAAGUGUGAUGGAUCCUCCCCCACUCACUGCCUCCAAUAAAGCUCGUGGUUGUUCGCGCUGACUUGAAUGGGCACCUCAAGUCUCUAUGAGACUAUUCCCUUCUCUAGCAAAGGGAGAUGUCUUCCAGAUGAUAUGAAGGGCCUAUAUCCAUCAUAGUUUCUCAUUGCAGGCUGUCAUUUAUAUAGACUUCCUUUGGGAGCGUGGCAACAAAUUUACUCAACUUGCUCCCAUGGUUCUCGAUUGACAACACCCCCCCCCCCUCGCGGCAGUUCAAACUGUCAACAAUGAGCUUCAAGAAUACAAAAAGGCCUGGUAUUCAAAGCUGUCACGCUCAGAGGCCGCUUGCGCGAUUCGGUGCUCCUCAGAUCAGCUCCACUGAAUAAAUGGUCUAACAGCUGAUUUUUUUAAGAUUGUGAAUCUAGUUUAAGAAGAUAUAUCAAGAAAAGGCCAAAACCUAUUUUGGCUUGAUUUAUGUUCUCCUGAAAUUAAGGCUCCUCUGGCAUGGGCAUCGAGUCAUGUACCACCAACUUGCAUUGUGGAUGGUUUAUGGGAUUUCACAAGACCGGCAUGGAGAGUUCUUCAUUUGAAGGAUAUGCUGCCUCAGUAAAUAUAUAUAUGCGCGUCGCAGAAUCAGUUUUAUUUGCUGAAGGAGCCAUUAGUAGACUUAAAGCUGAGCAGACUCCGAAGAAGAUUUACUUCCACAGUCUGAGGCUGAUAAGAUUGAAGCAAUGCUUCGGGACUGAAAGGAGUCCUUGGAGUUUCAUAAGAGAUCGUUUGAAUGUGCUGUUGACUCUAUACGAGCUAUAGAAGCCAGUCAUCUUUGGCAGGCAGGAAGAGAGGUGUAGAGCACGGAUCAUCGCAGACAGAUAUCUCUAAAAAAUUGGCUCGCUUGUCAACUGAUGAUAUAUCUAUGACAGAUUGGAACCUGGGAUUUCAUAUAUAUAUGGUUGUCUACUUCUCGUUAUGCUAUCUUGUAGGAUAUGCUGCUUGAAUACAUACAAAUGCAUGCCGCAAAAUCAGUUUUUGCUGGUAAAGCUGUCAGGGUUCUUUGUGAUCCCAGCCUGUCAUUUCGGUUUGAAGAUUCUAUAUCUCAUCUACAAAUGCCCCAAGGCUCUCAAAAAGUUCAGGGGUGCACGGGCUGGUUUCUUUUCCAGAAGGAACCAUUAGUAGACUGAAAGCUGACCGGAGAUGAUUUACUUCCACAGUCCAAGGCUAGUAAGAUUGAAGCAAUGCUUUCAGGACUUAAAGGAGUCAUCGGAAUUUUAGAAGAGAUCAUUUGAAUGUGUUGUUCACUCUAUACAAGUUAUUGCAGCAUGUCAUCUUUGGCAGGUUGUGGUUGUUGGUGCUGACUUAAAUGGGCAGCUUAAGGCUCCAAAAGACUGUUUCCUUCUAGCAAAGGGACAUUUCUUCCAGUGCUUUCUCGAGGAAAGUCGGCCACUGAUGUGCUUGGCACCUCGUCGGUCAACUCCUGAAGCUGAAAUUAUGGUCCUCUUUCAGCUGGCAGCAAUAAAGACCAUAAAUGAGGAAGACAAAUAUUCAUGAAGAGUAUCCCUGCGGUUAGUUCCACUUGUUGAUAGUUUUAUUGAUUGUUGUAUUAUAGCAAUUGAACUUAUUCUCUUUCAUUUAAGUGAUUGAUAUUUGGUCACUCUUUCAUUAGAAGUUUCACGGGCAAAUCUAUCCGUGGUAGGUGAUUUUAAUCUUCACUUUCAGUAAAGUGAUGAAUCUUCGAUCAAUUUAUCCUUGUAAGUUAUACUGCAUGUCAGCAAAUACUUCCUCAGCGGCAUCCCUUGAUGGAUGGGAUGUUAUAUAUCUGGAUUAUUCUGUUGAUCGGCCCCUACGACUGUUCUUUACUCAAGAAGUGCUCUCCAAGUGAGAUUCUCGUCACCAUUUGGAACUUACUAACAUCCAAGUUCUGCAGAAAUACUUGAUAUUAUUGACCUUUGAUGUGACACUCAGAACAUUCCAGGUAUCAAAAGGUUUUCCAAUAUCUGCUGCAGCUUAAACGGAUACAAAUGGAAUUAGAUAAAUCAUGGGCCUCUGUGAUGCAUCAAGACCACUGAGGAUUUGCCAAGCAUAAAAGUGAUAAUACAAACUCAAUGCCUCAGCAGCAUAGGCAGCCGUUCGAACCUAUGUGGCUUUUUAGGGAGCACAAGGCAUUUCUGAUCAGAUAUCUUCAGUUUGAUUGUCAAAACAUUUUCUGUAGGUUGAUGUCAUAGAAUCCCAAUGGAAUGUUCUGCAAGGACGCAUUCACGACUCUUAUGACUUCACGGAACUUUUACGGUUCCAUCAAGAGUACUUGUCGGCUUUAAUUUCAGAGUCAUUCUUAGAUAUUGGUUGUGUCGAGGAUACUGGACAGCAUAAUUAAACUAUGCCCCCAGUUCUAUUGGAACAUUGAGAACCAAGAAAGCUUCAAGAAUUCAUCUGAACUGGAGCACAUUACAGAGGCAACUGCAAGAGAUCUCAAUGUUGUUAGACCUCGGCCUGCACUCCCUGUCCUCAAUCCACAACAGAACAUAAAUUAGAACUAUGACAUCUACAGUUAUGUUAUCGUGCCCGGGCUCUCAUAUUCUUCUGUUGAGUGUGUCUCAAAUUUUCAAUGUUUUGCGGACAAUUGGAGUUGUGGAGACUUGUUAGAACGAGUGUGGAUUUGAAGAAGAUUGAGGGAGAGGACAAUUGAACUGCAAGGAAUGCAUCUGAGAGGAGGAAGCUGUGGCUAUGACGGAUCUGCACAAGAUGCAGAUUUUAUCUGAGAGGAUGAGGCCCAGGUUGUCCGCACGGAAGCCUAGACCGUCCUUACACUUUCUACUGGUUUGGACCGACCUAAAGCAUGCUUUUUGACCCUAAUCACUCUGUUAAGUCAUUGAUCUAUUGGGGAGUGGUGGUGAGUUUGAGAGCUUUUGGAUACGGGUUAGGGUUAAUUUCACACUCAGUCGAUUUUCCUCCACUUUGUACUCUUGAUCAUUGCUCAUAAUGAAAAAAAUCGAAGCCUCCUUUACCCGUGGAUGUUUCCCUCUUGAUCACAUUGAUUGAGAGGGUUUUACCACGUAAUUUUUUGUGUGUUGA